GCGGCGCUCUUGGCCAUCCUCCUGGAGGUCCUGCCCUGCCGCCGGGAGGACCCCGCCGGCGCCGCGCCGCGUUCCCGGCCCUUCCCAACCGUCUCUCCAGAAGCCUGCACCCGGAUUAGCUUGGCUUACUCGCAGGGUGAACUCUUAACUCUGGGACCCUGCAUACCACAAGGAUUCCCGGGAUGGCCACCCGCGCGCACAGGACACCCAAACCUUCCAGAUUCCAGCCGACACACACACAGUCUCCCAGGCUGCUGCUGCUGCUGCUGCUCCUGUCACUGGUAAGCCGCGCCUCCACACAGCCCGGCGCCCCCGACGCAGCGCUUCUGUCCCCGGGUCUCUCCGGGACUUCAGGGGUCCCUGCAGAGGAAGCGAUAGUGGUGGCGAACCGCGGACUCCGGGUGCCCUUCGGUCGCGAGGUCUGGCUGGAUCCGCUGCGUGACUUAGUGCUGCAGGUGCAGCCAGGAGACCGCUGCGCGGUGACCGUGCUGGACAACGACGCGCUGGCCCAGCGUCCUGGCCGCUUGAGUCCCAAGCGCUUCGCCUGCGACUACGGCCCGCGCGAGGUGCGCUACUCACACCUGGGCGCCCGCAGCCCUUCCCGCGACCGCGUCCGGCUGCAGCUGCGCUACGAUGCCCCGGGAGGGGCGGUAGUCCUGCCACUGGCCCUGGAGGUGGAAGUGGUCUUCACCCAGCUGGAGGUUGUGACUCGGAACUUACCUCUGGUCGUGGAAGAACUGCUAGGGACCAGCAAUGCCCUGGACGCUCGGAGCUUAGAGUUCACCUACCAGCCUGAGACGGAGGAGUGCCGCGUGGGCAUCCUGUCAGGUUUGAGCGCCUUGCCUCGCUACGGGGAACUCCUUCACUACCCGCAAGUCCAGAGAGAGGCCAGAGAGGGAGGGAUCCCCGAGACCCUUUUGAUGGAUUGCAGAGCGUUCCAGGAGCUUGGAGUGCGCUACCGCCACACGGCCUCCAGUCGCUCACCUAACAGGGAUUGGCUGCCUAUGGUGGUGGAGCUCCAUCCGCGAGGGGCUCCUGUGGGCAGCCCGGCUUUAAAACGCGAGCACUUCCAGGUGCUUGUGAGGAUCCGGGGAGGAGUGGAGAACACUGCACCCAAGCCCAGUUUCGUGGCCAUGAUGAUGAUGGAGGUGGACCAGUUUGUACUGACUGCGCUCACUCCAGACAUGCUGGCAGCGGAAGAUGCUGAAUCCAACGCCGACCUUUUGAUCUUCAACCUCACCUCCGCCUUCCUGCCCGGGCAGGGCUACUUGGUGAGCACUGAUGACCGAAGCCUACCUCUCUCCUCCUUUACACAACGUGAUUUGCGCCUGCUGAAGAUUGCCUACCAGCCUCCCUCGGAGGACUCCGAUCAGGAGCGCCUGUUUGAACUGGAGCUGGAAGUCGUGGACCCUGAGGGAGCAGCCUCAGACCCUUUUGCCUUCAUGGUGGUGGUGAAACCCAUGAACACGCUGGCCCCAGUGGUCACACGGAACACUGGUCUUAUUCUCUACGAGGGUCAGUAUCGGCCGCUCACGGGUCCUGAAGGCAGUGGACCCCAAAACUUGGUCAUCAGUGAUGAGGACGACCUAGAAGCCGUGAGACUUGAGGUGGUGGCUGGGCUCCGGCAUGGCCACCUUGUGAUUCUGGGUUCUCCCAGUAGGGAUUCUGCCCCCAAGACCUUCACGGUGGCCGAGCUGGCAGCUGGCCAGGUUCUCUACCAGCAUGAUGACAGAGACGGUUCGCUGAGUGACAACUUGGUGCUGCGCAUGUCAGACGGGGGAGGCAGGCACCAGGUCCAGUUCCUGUUCCCCAUCACUUUGGUCCCUGUGGAUGACCAGCCUCCUGUCCUGAACGCCAACACUGGGCUGACGCUGGCGGAGGGGGACACUGUGCCCAUCCCACCCUUGGCUCUGAGUGCAACGGAUAUGGAUUCAGAGGACUCGCAGCUGCUUUUUGUCCUGGAGCCGCCCUUCUCAAGCACGGGACACCUGCUUCUCCGCCAAACUCACGUCCCUAGGGAAGAGCAGGGCCUGUGGCAGAAGCAAGGGUCAGUUUACGAGCGAGCAGUGACAGAGUGGCGGCAACAGGAUAUAACAGAGGGGAAGCUCUUCUACAGGCAUUCGGGGCCCCACAGCCCUGGGCCAGUGAUGGACCACCUCACGUUUAGAGUCCAAGACAAUCAUGACCCCCCUAAUCGGUCUGGGGUCCAGAGGUUUGUGAUACGGAUUCAUCCUGUGGACCGCCUCCCUCCAGAACUAGGCAGCGGCUGUCCCCUUCGGAUGGUGGUGCAGGAAUCCCAGCUCACACCGCUGAGGAAAAGGUGGCUGCAUUACACUGACCUGGACACAGAUGACCGAGAGCUACAGUACACGGUGAUCCAGCCCCCCACGGACACGGAUGAGAACCACACACCAGCUCCGCUAGGCAUGCUGGUCUUCACGGAUGAGCCUACAGUUGUGGUGACCCAGUUUACCCAAGCCCAGGUCAAUCAUCAUAAAAUCGCUUACAGGCCCCCGGGUCAGGAGCUGGGCGUAGCCGCUCGAGUAGCUCAGUUCCAGUUCCAAGUGGAGGAUCGAGCUGGGAAUGUGGCUCCUGGCACCUUCACCCUUUACCUGCAGCCCGUGGAUAACCAGCCCCCCGAGAUCGUCAACACCGGCGUCACCGUUGAGAAGAGGGGCCGUCACGUCCUCCGUGACGCUGAGUUGCAUGUGAAUGACGUUGACACCGACGCGGCCCACAUCACUCUCACUCUCACACAGGCCCCCAGACACGGCCACGUGCAGCUCUCCGGACAGACGCUGCGUGUCGGAGGACGCUUCCGUUUAGAGGACAUAAAGUAUGGCCGAAUUUCCUAUUUGAAUAACGGGGAUGACUCUUUGACUGACAGCUGCUCCCUGGAGGUCAGUGACAGACACCACGUGGUGCCAAUCACUCUCAGAGUGAAUGUACGGCCAACGGAGCGCGAAGGGCCUGUGUCAGUCCUUCCUGCGGGCACUUUGGAGUCCUAUCUAGAUGUCUUGGAGAAUGGGGCUACCGAAGUCACUGCCAACAUCAUUAAGGGGGCCUACCAGGACACUGAUGACUUGAUGUUGACUUUCCUAUUGGAAAAUCCACCCAUCUAUGGGGAAAUUCUGGUCAAUGGAGCUCCAGCUGAGCAGUUCACCCAGAGGGACAUCCUGGAGGGCUCUGUUGUCUAUGCCCACACGAGCGGUGAGAUCGGCCUCUUGCCCAAAGCAGACUCUUUUAACCUGAGUCUGUCAACCAUGUCUCAGGAGUGGAGACUCGGCAGCAGUAUUAUUCAGGGUGUUACUGUGUGGGUAACUAUCCUCCCCGUGGACAGCCAAGCCCCUGAAAUUUCCAUCGGUGAGCAGUUUGUAGUGCGGGAAGGCGACAAGAGCAUGAUAACCCUCACCCACCUGAGUGCUGAGGACGUGGACUCCCUGAAUGAUGACCUCUUGUGCACAAUUAUCAUCCAGCCAACCUCGGGCUAUGUAGAGAACAUUGCUCCAGCGCCAGGCUCAGAAAAGUCGAGAGCGGGGAUUGCUGUGAGUGCCUUCACGCUGAAGGAUCUCAGGCAAGGGCACAUUAACUACGUCCAGAGUGUCCACAGAGGAGUGGAGCCUGUCGAAGACCGUUUCGUAUUCCGUUGCUCUGAUGGCAUUAACUUUUCUGAGAGACAGAUUUUCCCCAUUGUGAUCAUUCCCACCAACGACGAGCAGCCAGAAAUGUUCAUGAGGGAGUUCAUGGUGAUGGAAGGCAUGAGUCUGGUGGUCGACACUCCCAUCCUCAAUGCUGCUGAUGCCGACAUCCCCCCAGAUGACUUAACUUUCACCAUUACCCGCUUUCCGACUCAUGGGCACAUCAUGAACCAGCUGAUCAAUGGCACCGUGUUGGUUGAAAGCUUCACCCUGGACCAGAUUAUAGAGAGUUCCAGCAUUAUUUAUGAGCAUGAUGAUUCUGAGACGCAAGAGGACAGCUUCGUGAUUAAACUGACGGACGGCAAGCACUCUGUGGAGAAGAUGGUCCUCAUUGUGGUCAUCCCUGUUGAUGAUGAGACCCCCAGGAUGGCCAUCAAUAAUGGGCUAGAGAUAGAAAUUGGGGAAACCAAAGUUAUCAACAACAAAAUGUUAAUGGCAACUGAUUUGGACUCUGAUGACAAAUCAUUGGUUUACAUUAUUCGUUAUGGACCAGGACAUGGCUUGUUACAGAGACGAAAACCUACAGGUGUCUUUGAGAAUAUCACUCUAGGCAUGAAUUUUACCCAAGAUGAAGUGGACAGAAAUUUAAUUCAGUAUGUCCAUUUUGGGCACGAGGGCAUUCGAGACCUAAUUAAAUUUGAUGUGACCGAUGGAACAAAUGCCCUUAUAGAUCGAUACUUUUACGUGUCUAUUGGAAGUGUUGACAUUGUCUUUCCCGAUGUGAUAAGUAAGGGGGUGUCCUUAAAAGAAGGUGGCAAAGUCACUCUUACCACAGACCUACUGAGCACGAGUGACUUGAACAGUCCUGAUGAGAACUUAGUUUUCACCAUCACCAGGCCUCCUAUGAGAGGUCACUUGGAGUGCACAGAUCAAAGAGGAACGUCCAUCACUUCUUUCACCCAGCUCCAGCUGGCCGGUAACAAAAUCUACUAUAUACACACAGCUGAGGACGAGGUCAAAAUGGACAGUUUUGAGUUUCAAGUCACCGACGGACGUAACCCCGUCUUCCGAACUUUCCGGAUCUCUAUUAGUGAUGUGGACAACAAGAAGCCAGUGGUCACCAUCCACAACUUGGUGGUCAGCGAAAGUGAAAGCAAGCUGAUCACUCCCUUUGAACUCACUGUGGAAGACAGAGAUACUCCCGACAGGCUCCUGAAAUUCACGGUCACUCAGGUCCCUGUUCAUGGUCACCUCCUAUUCAACAAUACUAGACCCGUCAUGGUUUUUACCAAGCAAGACUUGAAUGAAAACUUAAUCAGCUACAAACAUGAUGGCACGGAGUCCACGGAAGACAGCUUCUCCUUCACAGUGACUGAUGGCACCCACUCUGACUUCUAUGUUUUUCCUGAUACAGUGUUUGAAACCAGGAGACCUCAAGUGAUGAAAAUCCAGGUCCUAGCUGUGGACAACAGUGUCCCCCAAAUUGUGGUGAACAAAGGAGCUUCUACACUUCGUACUCUGGCCACUGGCCAUUUGGGGUUCAUGAUCACAAGCAAAAUCCUGAAAGUGGAGGACAGAGACAGCGUGCAUUUUUCUCUCAGGUUCAUUGUGAUAGAAGCCCCCCAGCAUGGCUACCUUCUCAACCUGGGCCAGGGUAACCAGAGCAUCACACAGUUUACCCAAGCUGACAUUGAUGACAUGAAAAUAUGCUAUGUCUUGAGAGAGAGAGCAAAUGCCACAAGUGACAUGUUCAAUUUCAUAGUGGAAGAUGACGGUGGAAACAGGUUGACCAACCAGCAUUUUCGGCUGAACUGGGCGUGGAUCUCCUUUGAAAAGGAAUAUUACUUGAUCGAUGAAGACUCCAAAUUUCUAGAUGUUGUUCUCAAGCGCAGAGGCUACUUGGGAGAAACUUCAUUUAUAAGCAUCAGCACGAGGGAUGGGACUGCAGAAAAAGACAGAGACUUCAAGGGCAAAGCUCAGAAGCAAGUGCAGUUCAACCCAGGCCAGACCAGGGCCUCGUGGAGAGUGAGGAUCCUGAGCGACGGGGAGCAUGAGCACUCCGAGACCUUCCAGGUGGUUCUCUCUGAGCCUGUGCUGGCAGUCCUGGAGUUCCCCACAGUGACUACAGUGGAGAUCAUUGACCCCGGUGACGAAUCCACCGUCUUCAUUCCCCAGUCGGAGUACUCCGUUGAGGAAGAUGUGGGUGAGCUGUUCAUUCCCAUCAGGAGAAGCGGAGACAUCAGCCAGGAGCUGAUGGUGAUCUGCUACACUCAGCAAGGGACAGCGACCAGCACUGUGCGGACGUCCGUGCUGUCUUACUCCGACUACAUCUCCAGGCCUGAGGACCACAGCAGCGUGAUCCGCUUUGACAAAGAUGAACGUGAGAAGAUGUGUCGUGUAGUGGUAAUUGAUGACUCCUUGUAUGAGGAGGAGGAGACGUUCCAGGUCCUUUUGAGCAUGCCCAUGGGCGGGAGGAUUGGUGACAAGUUUCCAGGAGCCAAGGUGACCAUCCUCACAGACCAGGAUGACGAGCCUGUCUUCUACUUUGGGGAACUCCAGUACUCCGUGGAUGAGAGUGCCGGCUACGUGGAGGUGCAGGUGUGGAGGACGGGCACCGACCUCUCUAGGCCUUCUAGUGUCACCGUGAGGUCCCGGAAAACAGAACCUCCUUCUGCCAAUGCUGGAACAGAUUACGUGGGAAUCAGUCGAAAUUUAGAUUUUGCACCUGGCGUCAACAUGCAGACUGUCCGUGUUGUUAUUCUGGAUGACCUGGGAAGACCAGUGCUGGAGGGAAUUGAGAAGUUUGAACUGGUACUUCGCAUGCCUAUGAACGCGGCCCUUGGCGAGCCCAGCAAGGCCACAGUGUCCAUAAAUGACUCCAUCUCAGACUUGCCUAAAAUGCAAUUCAAAGAAAGAGUGUACACUUGCAAUGAGAACGAUGGACGCGUAGUUGCAAUGGUCUACAGGAGCGGUGAUGUCCAGCACAGAUCUUCCGUGAGAUGCUAUACAAGGCAGGGGUCUGCGCAGGUGAUGAUGGACUUCGAAGAACGUCCAAACACCGAUGUCUCCAUUGUCACAUUCCUCCCUGGUGAGACAGAGAAGCCAUGUGUCCUUGAACUGAUGGACGAUGAUCUGUUUGAGGACGUGGAAGAGCUGCGCUUGGUCCUCGGCACACCACGGAGCAGCUCUGCCUUUGGGGCGGCAGUUGGCGAACAGAAUGAGACUCUGAUAAAGAUCCAGGAUGAAGCUGACAAAGCUGUUAUCAAAUUUGGAGAAACCAAAUUUAGUGUCACUGAACCCAGCGAACCAGGAGAGUCAGUGGUUGUGAAAAUUCCAGUGAUCCGCCAAGGAGACACUUCAAAGGUUUCCAUCGUGAGAGUCCACACCAAAGAUGGCUCGGCCACCUCUGGAGAGGACUAUCACCCCGUGUCGGAAGAAAUCGAGUUUAAGGAAGGGGAGACCCAGCAUGUAGUUGAAGUUGAAGUGAUCUUCGAUGGGGUCAGAGAGAUGAGGGAGGCCUUCACCGUUCACCUAAAGCCAGAUGAAAAUAUGGUAGCAGAGACACAGGCAACCAAGGCCAUUAUACAUAUAGAAGAAAUCAACAGCAUGGCAGAUGUCACCUUUCCUUCUGUCCCUUACAUUGUGUCCUUGUUGAUAUACGAUGACCCUUCCAAAGCCAGGGAGGACACUGGACCUGUGUCUGGCUAUCCUGUUGUCUGCAUUACGGCCUGCAACCCCAAAUAUCCAGACUAUGACAAAACAGGCUCUAUUUGUGCCAGUGAGAACAUCAAUGACACUUUGACCCGAUACAGAUGGCUGGUUAGCGCUCCUGCUGGCCCGGAUGGUGUGACCAGCCCCAUGAGAGAGGUGGACUUCGACACCUUUUUCACGUCAUCUAAAAUGAUUACCUUAGAUUCCAUAUACUUUCAGCCUGGCUCCCGCGUACAGUGUGCGGCUCGUGCCGUGAACACCAAUGGGAAUGAAGGCCUGGAACUGAUGAGCCCCAUCAUCACCAUUGGCAGAGAAGAAGGUCUCUGUCAGCCCCGUGUGCCUGGGGUCGUGGGGGCGGAGCCAUUCUCGGCUAAGUUGCGCUACACUGGUCCGGAGGACCCAGACUUUGCCAACCUCAUCAAGCUCACCGUCACGAUGCCACACAUCGACGGCAUGCUCCCCGUCAUCUCCACGAGAGAGCUGUCCAACUUUGAGCUGACCCUCAGCCCUGAUGGCACGAGAGUUGGGAACCACAAAUGCUCCAACCUGUUGGACUACAGUGAAGUGAAGACCCACCAUGGCUUCCUGACUAAUGCCACGAAGAACCCCGAGGUCGUUGGAGAGACCUACCCGUACCAGUACAGCGCGCCGGUCAGGGGCUCCAGUACCUUACGCUUCUACCGGAACCUGAACCUGGAGGCCUGCCUGUGGGAGUUUGUCAGCUACUAUGACAUGUCGGAGCUGCUGGCUGACUGUGGAGGAACCAUCGGGACCGACGGGCAGGUUCUGAACCUAGUGCAGUCCUACGUGACCCUUCGAGUUCCUCUGUAUGUUUCCUACGUGUUCCAUUCCCCUGUGGGGGUGGGAGGCUGGCAGCAUUUCGACCUGAAGUCAGAACUGCGGCUCACGUUCGUGUAUGACACUGCCAUCUUGUGGAGCCAUGGGAUCGGCAGCCCGCCCGAGGCUGAACUCCAAGGCUCUCUGUAUCCAACCAGCAUGCGCAUUGGUGAGGAGGGGCGCUUGGCUGUGAACUUCAAGACGGAGGCUCAGUUCCAUGGCUUAUUUGUGCUGUCACAUCCUGCCUCCUUCACCAGCUCGCUGAUUGUAUCCGCUGACCAUCCGGGCCUCACUUUUACCCUCCGCCUCAUACGGAGUGAGCCAACCUAUAACCAGCCAGUCCAGCAGUGGAGUUUUGUGUCAGACUUUGCGGUCCGAGACUACUCAGGCACCUACACCGUAAAGCUGGUGCCCUGCACCACCCCAUCGAACCAGGAGUACCGUCUGCCGGUCACCUGCAACCCCAGGGAACCCGUCACCUUUGACCUUGACAUUCGAUUCCAACAGGUCAGCGAUCCAGUGGCAGCCGAGUUCAGCCUGAACACGCACAUGUACCUGCUAUCUAAGAAGAGCCUCUGGUUGUCUGAUGGGUCCAUGGGGUUUGGCCAGGAGAGUGACGUGGCUUUUGCAGAAGGUGACGUAAUUUACGGUCGUGUCGUUGUGGACCCUGUUCAGAACCUUGGUGACUCCUUCUACUGCAGCAUUGAGAAGGUGUUCUUAUGCACAGGAGAUGAUGGAUACGUGCCAAAGUACAGCCCAGCAAAUGCGGAAUACGGCUGCUUGGCUGAUUCUCCUUCACUCUUACAUAGAUUCAAAAUUGUGGAUAAGGCCCAACCAGAGACCCAAGCUACCAGCUUUGGAGACAUCCUGUUUAAUGCCAAACUGGCAGUGGAUGAUCCUGAAGCUGUUCUCUUAGUGAAUCAGCCUGGAUCAGAUGGUUUUAAGGUAGACUCAACACCACUCUUUCAGGUUGCCCUGGGCCGAGAAUGGUACAUACACACAAUCUAUACCGUGAAGUCAAAGGACAGCACCCAUCGAGGUAUUGGCAAGAGGAGCCUGGAGUACCACUCUGUGGUACAGCAGGGACAGCCCCAGGCAACCACCAAGAGCUGGAAGAGGAGAGCAAGCAGGAGCACUCCCUCGCUGGCAGGGGAAAUCGGUGCUGAGAACAGUCGGGGAACCAAUAUCCAGCAUAUCUCCCUGGACCGCCGUGACAAGGGGCAGGUCCCCCACGGAAGAAUUCCUCCCGAUGGCACCCUGCCCUGGGAGCUGAAUAGUCCCAAUGCUGAAGUCAGCCUUGUCACUGUCCUGGGAGGCAUCGCGGUGGGAUUGCUCACUGUCUGCCUGGCUGUGGCUGCAGCGGUCGUGUGCAGGAACAAGAGUAUGAAGGGCAAGGAUGUUCCAAAGGGUUCUGGGAGCACUGAGCCCAUGAUGUCCCCACAGAGCCACUACAACGACAGCUCAGAGGUGUGAAAACCUUCUCUUCGUGGGCCUCAGAAGACUGAGGGAACCGCAGCUGCUCGGGAGCAGAGAACUGAGGACUUUCUGCGACAAAGGUGCUCAGAGCCCCUGACUAUCUUAAAAGAUUUUUAUUUGAACUCCAUUGCAUCGUACAUGCAUCAAAGGACAAAUUCAGGCCGCAUCUUUCCUGCUGCCCAGAAGGCAUCCAGAAUGCUUAAGAGCCUUGGUUGGCUGGCAGGGGAGGUGCUUCUUGUGUUAGCCGUCGGUGGGGAUAAACCUACUCAGAGGUGCUCAAAGGUGCUCAAGGACUCUCUGGGAAGUCUGGGAGAAGUUAGCUAUUACUCCAUAAUCAAUGUUAGUAUGAACUCUGAAAACACAGUUAUCACAUGUUUAUUCUUUGUAUAACUGAAGGGUUUGAAUUGGGAGUCCAGAGGGGGACGCACACACUGUUAUGACAAGUUUUCUAAUCUGUGAAGACAGCAUGAAUUCACAACCAGGGAUAGCUCAACCCGCAAAUCACCUCUUACUAUUGGGAAAACAUGAAAACAUGGAAGGAACAAAUAGAAAAAAAGAAAACUGAUUUGGAUCUGAAUUGCUUCUUAUUUCCCUCAGACCUCCUUUGUCUCAUCUGCUUAUUUAACAUUGACUUAAACCAAAGAAUAUAUUCAUUCUGGAAAUGAGUUUUAACAGACUGAUAUAUUUGGUAUAUAUUAGCAGCCACGCUCUUGCUCGUUGGCCUCACUGGUUGCAAUUGUAGAGACGUAGACAUGACGACUGAGAGAUGCCGUACAGUUAGAUUCGACACAGGACAACGUUCUCAAGAACAGAGAUGUUUUCAGUGUUGAACCCAUACGUAACGAGCAACAUCUUUGCCAAUGGUGAAGGGCGAGGGUGGUAUUUAUUAACAUGCUAUGUCCACCAGGAUGCCUCUUCGGCAUGCUCUCUAGAACGGUGAUGGCAAAGUAACAGAUGCGUGACAUCCACAGCUUAUGUCAGCUGUAAGUCAUGGGAAUCUCCAUACCUGUGAACUCCAGAAAUUGUCUUGGAGGUGGCCAGUGCUGUCAACCACACUGUUCACUGAUCCAGGAAGAGAACAUCUCUGUCUGGCCUCCCCAGUUCAGUGAGCCGGUGCUAUGAGGUUCCCCCCUUUGGGACCUUAUCUGUGGUUCAUCACUUGAGUAUUCACUAUGUAAAAGCUUCCUUGGCAUUGCCCAUCUCUUCAGAAAUGUGUUUUCACCUUAACGUGAGAAAUCCUGUUUAGAAGGGGUGGGGGCACUGCAGCAGAGUCAUGGCCACUUGCCUAAAGCCUAGUAAAUUUAUUUCAUGCAAAGAUGAAUGGCUCUGAGUAACCCUCCGCUGCUGCGGGGAGUCCUCCACUCUUUGGCCACACGCUGGCCGAGCUGGGCAUCCUGGUAGAAUGGAGAUAUUCGGAAGGCAGUCUUCAUCCCAGGUCAUUCCUGUAUGUAUCAGUGAGUGUGUAUGAGUACCAGCCAUCUCCCGAUUGAGAAAGGGAAGCCACACUGCUCCUGGAGGAGAGGAAGGAGAUGAGUGAUGCCUGCUUCCCUUCCCAUUCAGUGCCUUUCAGGGGAUAAAGGGGACUGUGUAGUCUUCUGUUGGGAGCUUAGUGAGGCCUGUGUACAGAGCAAAGGUUCCCCCAGGGGACUCACAGGAACAGAGAGCACCGUCCAUUUAUCACAUCAAGUGGUGUGUUAUCUUCCUUUCUUUGUUUUACUUCUGGCAGAUGCUUAGCUCCACGUUCGGCUACCUCAGAAUUUGGGAAUUAACAUGAUGCCAACAGUGUAGGAACCUUCACUCCCUUAGCUUUGGGUUCAACUUCUGAAGACUGUUAGGGCAAUUGUUCUCAACUGGCUUUCUGCUUCGAGUAGUUCAAAGCUUCAGAGCCUGACUACCCUGUGGUCUCCAUGUCAGGAAGUGAGGAUGGCAACUAGCGAUGAAUCAUUUGACACGUGUUCUAGCCAGGCAGCUUCUAUGCCAAAUUUCGCUCACCUGCACCUGUUCUAAUGAAGCUCUUGUCCAUAAAUUAGAUAGGGUAUCAGAUACAAAGUAAGUCUGUCCUCCUCUCCCAAUAGGAAAUGUCAGUAUUCUUUCUCCUCGAUCCCUUUUCUCUCUUGUUUGUAUUUUUCAUAACUUUAAAAAUAUCUGUUCAGUAAAUAUGUCACAUAAAAUACAGUAAUUGUUUUAAAAGUCCUUUCAAG